AUGGGCAGAGGCCAUGCCAUGCUUAGGCACAAUGACUCCUCUCCUUCCUAUUCCAGACUUUGCCUGGAUGGUCUCACAGUGGACCCUCAGGUGGACAUCUCAAUGAACGUCCCAUGGUGCAGGGCUUCAGAUGGGCUGGGUCAUCAGCCAGGGCUUCACCUCUGCACCUUGGCCUGGCUGCCCCAUGGUGGGACAGCCAGGGUAGGUGCCGAGGCAAGAAGUGUGUCCUGCCCCCCUCCAUCUCACCCCCCACCACCUGCUGGACUUCUCUGGUCUCAUCUCCUCCUAGUGCUCAGGCAGGCGCUGCGACAGAAGCACCAGGAAGCCCAGCAGGCCUGCCGGCCCCACAACUUGCCCGUGCUCCAGGCAGCUCAGCAGCGUGAGCUGGAGGCAGUGGAGCACCGGAUCCGGGAGGAGCAGCGGGCAAUGGACCAGAAGAUUGUCCUGGAGCUGGACCGGAAGGUAGCCGACCAGCAGAGCACCCUGGAGAAGGCUGGGGUUGCUGGCUUCUAUGUGACCACCAACCCACAGGAGCUGACGCUGCAGAUGAACCUGUUGGAGCUCAUCAGGAAGCUGCAGCAGAGGGGCCGCCAGGCGGGGAAGACAGCGUUGUGACCAGGUGGGGUCUCUGCCAGUUACCUGCUGCCCGUCAUGGCUGAGAAGACAGCCCUGUUCCUGUCACCACAGGCAGCAGAAAGCUGAGUGGAACUUGUCUUCCCAACACCUGGCCACCACCUUCCCAGCUGCCUGCAGGAGGGGUCGACCCUCUGAGGAGAGGCCAGGUGGACCCUGGCUGCCCCAGAGUCGGGAGAGUGGGGCUGGAGGUGCUAGUACCUUCUCACUCCACUGGGCACACCCCAGCGUUUGCCAUGCCCCAUCUUCUGGUCUCAGCCCCUUCCUUGGCAGGUGCAGCCCCCUAAGUAAGUGGGAAACACUCCAAGGCCCAGGCCCUGUGAGGCCCAGAGAAAUAAAGGUACCUCAGUGUGGCCUGCA